GCGUCUUGCCUUUAUCGUUAGAUGAAGAGGAAAAAAAAAGGCAUCUGGGAUUUUGGGACUCUGAGCUGAAUACUGAAUACAGCGUUUUUCCUGUUUCGGUGAUCUUAGUUAUUUCGUUUUUCUCACAAAGGAUCACCGAAAAGACAAAGAAGUCCCGAGAACGUCGUAGAUUUAACACUUUUUUGACAAACACUCCCUUUGGUCUUCUUUCACUUCGCUCGUCAUUUCUAUUCUGCCGUCUGAAGAGGAACCAUGAGCUUUUUGUUCCGUUCAACCAAGACGUUCAAGCCCAAGAAGAAUAUCCCCGAGGGCUCUCAUCAGUACGAGCUGUUGAAACAUGCAGAGGCCACAUUGGGAAGUGGAAACCUGCGCAUGGCGGUCAUGUUGCCUGAAGGAGAAGACUUGAAUGAGUGGGUCGCAGUCAACACGGUGGAUUUCUUCAAUCAGAUCAACAUGCUCUAUGGCACCAUCACAGACUUUUGCACAGAGGAAAGCUGCCCAGUCAUGUCUGCUGGUCCGAAGUAUGAGUACCACUGGGCUGAUGGAACAAACAUCAAGAAGCCAAUCAAAUGCUCUGCUCCCAAGUACAUUGAUUACCUCAUGACCUGGGUGCAGGACCAGCUGGACGACGAGACGCUUUUCCCUUCCAAGAUCGGCGUCCCCUUUAAGCGAAACUUUAUGUCUGUGGCGAAGACCAUCCUGAAGCGCCUGUUCAGAGUCUACGCCCACAUCUACCACCAGCACUUUGACUCGGUCAUGCAACUACAAGAGGAAGCUCACCUCAACACGUCAUUCAAACACUUCAUCUUUUUUGUUCAGGAGUUCAACCUGAUUGAGAGGAAAGAACUGGUCCCUCUACAGGAGCUGAUUGAAAAACUGACAACCAAGGACAGAUAGAUAAACAGCAGUGUAAUCCUUGUUUUUAUUGGUCUCCCAGUUUUGCACAGAUACCCACCACAUCCUGGCUGUAUGUAUGCAGUAUAUACUAUAUUUCCAUAUGGGAAAGAUGUUUUAAUGAGGCCAGGAAGAAGGAAGGGUCUUGAUAAGUUAUGGCACCAGGGCUAACGAUAUCAGGGAUUACACACUAAAUUGAACAAGCUACAGUAAAAGAAACAGUAACCGAAAAACACUUUUAGCUCAAUUGGGGGGAAAAAUCUCCCAAAUUUAAAAUGGUAUCGAUCUUUUUGUUUUAUGUUUUACACAACUUUUUAUUGCUUUUUUCCACCCCUCUUCUCCACUUUCCCCUCAUCUGGACUUUUGUCUAUUUUGUUAGAUUUCCAGUUCCAAGUCCCCCACAGUUGAGACCCGUGAGUAGGCAAGAUUGCUGUAUCACAUUUGUUUUAGCCAAUUCAACAGUAGUAGCCCGAUGUACUUUCCAUCUAUCGACAGACAGCUGGGUAGCCAUUUGCUACAUUUGAAUAAAUUAAAUGUCCACAUAUGUCAAUAUAUCAAAGGAAUCCCAAGUGCCUGGCAUGGCUGAUAGUCACCACUGCGCCAAAAGCGAGGGCUGUAAAAUAAAGGCCAUAUAGUCACUGACAUUAAAACGACUCAUUACACAUCCGCCUGUGUGUCCAUGGCUUUAAAUUUGUCAUGGCACCUCUGUUCUUCUUGUAUUGUUAUUUGGUUCAAAUAGCAUUUUCUCUGUAAAACUGUCCUGUUCACCAACCGUGUCUUUAUUUGGGUAGAAAAUCUUCUUUGCCACUGUCCAGGAUGUGAUAUAUGAAUGUGUGAAACUAGACUACUCAAAGAGGAGUUUUUCUGAGAAUUGCCACAUUUCCAGAUGUGCAGCGUACUGCUAUUUGUAUGGCUCAUUUUCAUUGACAUGGCAUGUUUGACAACUGAUGGGCUCUGUUAAAAGAAAGCAGUAGCAUAUGCUGUCAUAUUAGCGGCUAGCAUGGGCAUAUCUGGUUACGCUAACUGUCGUUCAAGGAUAAGUUCAGUUUUUUCAGCACAGACACUAAUAUUUAUUUUAUCACUUGGAGCAAAAAUGAAUUUAAUCUGCGCUAUUUAUUUAGAACACAAACCUUACACCAGCAAACAUCAGCUAACUGGCUAAUUAUUGUUAAUGGACGGGUGAUAACUGAGUAAACCACUUUUUUCCCACCACUGAACAGGGAAAACAGGGAGUGUGUGGUUGCACGGACCGUUUCCACGCAGGGCUAAACGUGUGCACAUUUACUCCAUUUAAAUGUAAAUAAGCUUUUUAAAAAAAAAACAAAAAAAACAUUUAUAUCGUUAGCUGCUUACCUUUAGUCAUCCUCCAUGCAGCUGUUCAUUGAACAUUACAGGUCGACUGCCUAGAGGCGCUUGUUUUGUAAGACCAAGCCGAUUGAGUUCAUAUUUCCCCCAGUGAAAAGAUUGUGGGGGGAAAAAGAAAACGCCUCGGUAACUAAUGGUUAGUGGUUGGUUCUAACCAUAUAUCAGUCCAUCAACAUCACAUCUGGAAAUCCAGUAAUUCCUGGAAAACUUUUAUCUCUGAUACCAUAGUGUGUUGUAGCGGGACCUAAAAAUAUAAAUUGUAGUGUUUUCUAGCAACAUUUUCCUGUGUAUCCCCAUGCCCAUUUCUUCCUUUUAAUACUGUAAUUUUAAGGGUCUUUGAAAAAUUUCUAGGGAUCUAAAAGUCUGUACUGUAUAUAUGGGGCCAUAAUUAGUUGUGGAAACUUUUAUUCAAAGCCACAACCUCUACAUUUUAGAGGAAAAAAAACCCAGCAACUUAAAAAUAAACUAAAAAUUAUCUUUGGCUUUCAUUACAUCCCUUGUUUUGCUGUCCGUGAAGCACUUUGAACAGUUCUGCUGACCUCGUGGCUGAAUGUGUUGAUUCUGCUUGGGCUGCUUCAUGAGAAGCUGGUGUCAUGUGAUUGCGCAUAGAUCCUCCCUCACACAGUUCUCAAAAAAGCGAAUGUUGAAUUGCUUAACCUCCUCUGAAAUAGGCUCUAAGGCACAAGUGAGAUUUUGUAUGUUUUUUUUUUUUUUCCUAUGAGGUUGUUUGUUGCAGUGCUGCAAACAGCGUAUGCAUGAACCUUUCGGAAGCGCCAACUGUAGUUUACUAUGCAAGAACUAAAAAUGCUCAAAGGUAUUCGGCUCAUUUAUACUUUGUGUUUGUCCUUUAUUCCUUUUCAUUUAAAGUGCUAGCAUUUCUGGUGUAAAGCAAAUGUUUUCACCUUUGAAAUUUUGUUUUAAUAUAAAGUGACAUGAAUAUUUUCUAUAGCUUAAUAUCUGAAUUUUCCCAGAAAUGCGUUGACACAAAAAUGCGCACAUGUAAAUACCGAGGUUUAGACCCAUCUUAAAUUUUUUUUUUUUUCUUUUUUGCUAGGCAUGAAGUCGUAGCUUUUGGUUUCAAGAAUUCAUUGUCUUUUUUGUGGCUGUUUUCUGUUGCUGUUUAGGUUUAUUUUAAUCAUCAAUAUUUUCCACUUCCUUAGCUAACGAUUUGAAUGUUGUGACUCACCAGAUACCUGAAAAUGUAAGAAUCAGUCAUGCUGAACACUUCCAUCCUUACAUGCCCGUAACAGCAUGUUGCCUACAGGUCUUCUCCUCGACUGUAUAACUGAUGAAACGUUUGUAAAUAAUGAAUAAUGUCUUGAUAGGGGAUUUAAUGCUACUGAACUGAAUUAAGCUGUUUACAAGGCAAAUAAAGGUGGUCUUGACUCUUUGAA